AUGGUGCAAAUUGGUAUUGGUAUUACAGCAAUUGUAGUAAUUGUUGCAUUGGUUAUCAUAAUCAUGCAUAUAAGUAAACAUAGAAAAGUUUCGGACAUACCUAUCCAUAUUAACUCAACAGUAAUAUUCGAAAGCACUUCGACGAAAACACCAUUUUACACUACUUCUACGACGACAUCAUUUUACACUACUUUCACAACAAAAAGAAUAUCAACUGUUAUUUUUACAACACCGAUAAUAGACCAAAUCAAAUGGAAAAAAAAUGGAACUCCUAUUGCUGGAGGACACGGAUCCGGAUCUGAUUUAAAUCAACUGCGUCAACCUCAGGGACUCUUUGUUGAUAAUGAUAAUACUAUUUAUAUCGUCGAUUAUCAAAAUCAUCGUAUUGUUCAAUGGAAAUCAGCCGAUACUGAGAAAAAUGAAGUAAGACGAUGGACAGAAGGAGAAGAUGCAAAUUCAAAUGGAACAAUAGUUGCAGGUGGAAAUGAUGCAGGAAACAAUCUAAAUCAAUUGAAUUCUCCUAGCAGUAUAUUUGUUGAUGAAAACUAUUCUGUUUAUAUAUCAGACCAUAAAAAUCAUCGUAUAAUGAAAUGGAGAAAAGGCGCACAAACAGGAAUGAUUGUUGCUGGUGGAAGCGGUCAAAUAUGUGUUGGAGAUUGUGCCAAUCAUCGAGUGGUAUGUUGGAAUGAAGGAAGUUCUGAAGGUACAAUUGUUGCAGGUGGAAUCGGACCAGGAGAAAGUUCCGAUAAAUUAUCUUCUCCAACUGGUAUAUCGUUCGAUAUUAAAGGAAAUAUUUAUGUCUCUGAUCAUAAUAAUCAUCGCGUUCAAAAAUUUGCAACUGAUAAUAAUCAGUGA